AAAACUCGCCAACCCAUCCUCUCCCUCUCUCUCUCUCUCUCUCUCUCUCUCACUCUCUCUCUCUCUCUCAAACAAAUUCAAAUGGGCAACCUAGAAGUGGAGAGAACAACAACAGCAUGGGCUGCAAGAGACGCAUCUGGCAUUCUCUCACCCUACACCUGCACUCUUAGAAACACAGGCCCAGAAGAUGUUUACAUCAAAGUCCUAUUCUGUGGAGUUUGCCACACCGAUACGCACCUGGCAAAAAAUCAACUUGGCAUGUCACACUAUCCCCUGGUUCCUGGGCAUGAAGUGGUUGGUAAGGUGGUCGAGGCUGGAUCAGAUGUGACCAAGUUCAGAGUAGGAGAUGUGGUAGGAGUUGGCCUCGUUGUUGGUUGCUGCAGAAACUGCAACCCUUGCAACACAGAUAAUGAGCAAUACUGCAACAAGAAAAUCUGGACGUACGCUGACGUUUGCACCUAUGGCAAACCCACCAAAGGCGGCUUUUCCGGUGCAAUGGUGGUUGACCAAAAGUUUGCGGUGAAGAUACCCGAGGGCAUGGUGCCAGAACAGGCGGCGCCAAUGCUUUGCGCGGGGGUGACGGUGUACAGCCCGCUGGGGCACUUGGGCCUGAAUGUGGGUGGGAUUAAAAGGAGGAAUGCUGGACUGGCAGGUGUAGGACACAUGGGGCACCAUGUGACGGUGAUGAGCUCUUCAGAAAAGAAGAGAGGAGGCUUUGGGGCAUAUUGGGGCUGACUAGCAACAGAUGGAUUGUUAUACUCUCUGUGCUGUGCAAUUAUGCGUAGGGAGCUUCAGUUAUGCAAAAGAGAGAAGAUUGACAACUAUGAUCCAAGUGGUUCAGAUGGACUACAUCCGCACAGCUUUCGAGAGGCUGGAGAAAAACAACGUCAGGUACAGGUUCGUCGUCGAUGUGGCCGGUAGCCGGUAGCCGGUAGCAAUCUUUGAACAAUAAAAUGAAGAAAAACACAAGUCCAUGUUUAUUGAGGAAUCUGUUUUAUAUGGCUCAACUCUCUUCAAUUGCUAAUUCACCAUACAUGUACUACGCUGAACCGUAGCUAUUCUAUUCAA